AACCCAGCUGUGUCUCCAUGAAGAGCGAUGCGUCUAUGGAUCCUCCCUGGACCUUUAAAACUGGAAACCCGUCACCUGGACACAGGUAACAUCCCAUAAUUCUCAGAGUUAAGGCCAAUUUAUGUUGACAACCCAGUCCUCGCAGAUAGUGUCACAGACAGUGUCUGCGUAGCCCCCCCACCUUCGCAGACGCUCUGCGCGCACCUCCCAAAAAUUGUGACCACCGCAGAAGCCUCGCAGACAGAGCCACAGACAAGAGGGCUCUGAUUGGUCCACUCUACAUCUGCUGUACACGCACUUCUGCUUCCCUACUUUCCCGAUUUGUUUUGUUUUGUUUUCACGACCGGCAUUUUUAAAAACACGAGCGAAGAUGGAGCAGCACGAAGAGCGGUUGAUUGAGGAAUGAAGUCCAGAUGAAGAGAUCAGACUCACCAGAACCCAGCUGUGUCUCCAUGAAGAGCGAUCGGUCUAUGGAUGUUCCCUGGAGCUUUAAAACUGGAAACCCGUCACCUGGGCACAGUGUUUUACAGAAGGCAGGAGACAGAAGAGAAAAGAUCUUCAUCGCAGAUACAGGACACGCCCCAGAAUCUCCUGCUGUAAAUGAAUUCCAGAAAAAGUUCAGAUUAAAUCUGAUGAAGAAGUUUCAGUGUUUAAAUGGAGUGAUGAUAAAGCCGGAAACGCGAGCGCUCCUGAAUGAGAUCUACACCGAGCUCUACAUCACAGAGGGAGACACUGGAGACGUCAAUAAAGAACAUGAGGUGAGAUGGAUUGAGGCAGCGUCCAGGAGAAAAACAACAGAGGAAACACCAAUCAAAUGCAGCGACAUCUUUAAGCCCUUAUCUGAAGAAGACGAACCCAUCAGAACUGUAGUGACAAAGGGCGUGGCUGGUAUCGGAAAAACAGUCUCUGUGCAGAAGUUCAUUGUGGACUGGGCUGAAGGGAAAGCAAAUCAGGACGUCCCCCUCAUAUUUCCACUUCCUUUCAGAGAGCUGAAUCUGAUGAAGGACCAAAACCUGAGUCUGAUGGAGCUCCUUCAUGUCUGCUUUAAGGAAACCAGAGAAACAGAAAUGUCCAGGUUGGAAAAGGUUCUGUUCAUUUUUGAUGGAUUGGACGAGUGUCGUUUCCCUCUGGAUUUCCGGAACACAGUGAGAGUUUGUGAUGUAACUGAAUCAGCAUCGGUGCGUGUGCUGCUGAUAAACCUGAUCAAAGGGAAUCUGCUUCCCUCUGCUCUCGUCUGGAUCACCUCCCGACCAGCAGCAGCUGAUCAAAUCCCCUCUGAGUACGUCCAUCGAGUCACAGAGGUACGAGGGUUCAAUGACCCCCAGAAGGAGGAGUACUUCAGGAAGAGGGUCAGUGAUCAGAGCCUGGCCAAGAACAUCGUCACACACCUGAAGUCAUUAAGAAGCCUGUACAUCAUGUGUCACAUCCCAGUCUUCUGCUGGAUUUCAGCCGCUGUCCUCGAGAGAAUGUUGGGUGAAGCAGAGAGUGGAGAGAUCCCCAAGACUCUGACUCAAAUGUACACACACUUCAUCAUUCAGACAAAUGUCAUCAGAGAAAAAUACUCAAAGAAGCAAGAGAGUGAUGAAGAAAUGCUGCUCAAACUGGGACAACUGGCUUUUGAGCAGCUGGAGAAAGGCAACCUGAUCUUCUAUGAGGAAGACCUGCAAGGGUGUGGCAUUGAUGUGACAGAAGCAGCAGUGUACUCAGGUGUGUGUACGCAGAUCUUCAGAGAGGAGCCUGGGCUUCACCAGAGUAAAGUGUACUGCUUUGUUCAUCUGAGCAUUCAGGAGCAUCUCGCAGCUCUGUAUGUACAUCUGACCUUCAUGAAGGAAAAGAGAAAUGUUCUUCAUCAGAGUCGGUCCUUUAAGACAAUUUCAGAUGUACACAUGAGGGCUGUAGAUCAGAUGUUAGAAUCUGAGACUGGACAUCUGGAUCUGUUCCUCCGCUUUCUUCUGGGUCUCUCACUGGAGUCCAAUCAGAAACUCUUAGAUGCCUUAGUAACACAGACAGGAAGUAACUCCCAGAGCAAAGAGAAAACAGUUCAGUACAUUAAGAAGAAGAUCAGUAGAGAUGAUCUUCCUGCAGAAAAAUCCAUCAAUCUGUUCCACUGUCUGAAUGAACUGGGUGAUGAUUCUCUCGUGGAGGAAAUCCAACGCUACCUGAAAUCUGGGAAACGAAGUCGACUCUCUCCUUCACAGUGGUCUGCUCUGGUGUUUGUGUUACUGACUUCAGCACAGGAGCUGGAGGAGUUUGAUCUGAGUAAAUAUACCAGUACAGAGAAGAUACCAGAUUGGGUUCUUGUGAAGGUGAUGCCUGUGAUUGCAGCAUCCAGGAAAGCCGUUAUCAGUUGUGAUGGAAUUGGAGGGAGCGGCGCUAAAGCUCUGGUCUCAGUGCUCAACUCAGAAACCUCCAAUCUGAGAGAACUGCAUCUGACUGUGAGGACACUGAAUCUGUCAGAGAAUAAACUAGAAGACUCAGGAGUGAAGCAUCUUUGCGCUGGACUGGAGAAUCCUCACUGUAAAGUGGAGAGCCUGGUGUUGGGUGAUUGUGGUGUCUCAGAUGAAGACUGUGCUGCUCUGAGUUCAGCUCUGAGAUCAAACCCCUCACACCUGAGAUACCUGGAUCUGCCCUUUAAUAAUCUGGGAGACUCAGGAGUGAAGCGUCUCUGUGCUGGACUGGAGAAUCCUCACUGUAAACUGGAGACACUGGGGUUGGGGCGGUGUGGUGUCUCAGAUGAAGGCUGUGCUGCUGUGAGUUCAGCUCUGAGAUCAAACCCCUCACACCUGAGAGAACUGGAUCUGAACGAUAAUAAUCUGGGAGACUCAGGAGUGAAGCGUCUCUGUGCUGGACUGGAGAAUCCUCACUGUAAACUGGAGACACUGGGGUUGUGGCGGUGUGGUGUCUCAGAUGAAGGCUGUGCUGCUCUCGCUUCAGCUCUGAGAUCAAACCCCUCACACCUGAGAGACCUGAAUUUGUCCGAUAAUAACCUGGGAGACUCAGGAGUGAAGCGUCUCUGUGCUGGACUGGAGAAUCCUCACUGUAAACUGGAGAAACUGAGGUUGGGGUGUUGUGGUGUCUCAGAUGAAGGCUGUGCUGCUCUCGCUUCAGCUCUGAGAUCAAACCCCUCACACCUGAGAGACCUGGAUCUGACUGGGAAUGAAAUCGGAGUCUCAGGAGUGAAUCUGCUCUCUGCUCUUAAGGAUGAUAAACAUUACAAACUACAGACACUGUGGAUUUGAUGAACAUCUGUGUGUGUGUGUGUGUGUGUGAUGAAGACUCUCGUGUUCCUGCAGUUCCAUGUUGGAAAUGAGCACUUUAUUAGGAACAACUUGUGAGCUGCAUGAAACUGCUUACAGUACUCUGCACAAUUUCAGUCAAAUCCAUUCCAAAGAAAUAAAAAGUGUUUUUAUUUUUAUUGUAUAAAACUAGUUUGUGUAUUUAAAUUUCUGCAACAGUUCAAUAAAUUUAUA